AUGAGCAAUGAGCCUGUCAGGACGGUGCUGGAAACUGCCGACGGAAAGCUGUCGAUGCAGGAAUAUUUCGUACAUAGGCGUGCUCAGCCCGAUGUUUCCGCGAUUGAAUACGUGGGGGCGCCUGAGGCCAGUCCAUCACCCGCCUUGUUGGACGCUCUUUCGAGGGCGGAGAUGUUGGUGAUCUGCCCUUCCAACCCUCCCCUCAGUGUGCAACCAAUUGUGGCCGUUGGGGGUAUGAGGAGGGUCCUGGCGGAGUUCAAGGGGCUGCGCAUUGCCGUUAGCCCAAUUGUGGGCAAUGACGCUGUGCGAGGGCCAGCUGGCAGGAUCAUGGCUGGGCUGGGGCAGGAAGUAUCCGUCGCAGGGGUCGCCCGCUCGUAUCGCGAAUUCUGCGAUGUGCUCGUGAUCGAUCGCCAGGAUGAAGCGAAGGCCCCGGCGGUUGCAGAGCAGGGCUUGCGCCCGGUUGUAACGAAAACGAUCAUGGAAUCGUUGCAGGACAGGAUCGACUUGGCCAAGACGAUUCUUUCGCUGUCAGACGCCACGCAAAUUGAUGCCGACGGGCGCUAG